AUGGCGACGGAAACACCUAGGCAGUAUGUCCCUUUGACAUGCCAUGGUCACUCCAGGCCUGUACCACAUAUCAGCUUUUCCCACCUGGAGAAGGAGGAAAACACCUCCUACUAUAUCAUCUCCGCUUGCAAAGAUGGAAACCCUAUGCUCCGGGAUGGUUCGACUGGUGACUGGAUUGGAACCUUCAUUGGCCACAAGGGUGCCGUGUGGCAAGCAAGAUUAAGCCCGGAUGCAUCCAACGCCGCGACUGCAUCUGCUGACUUUACUGCGAAAAUAUGGGAUACACAUACAGGUGAAAACUUGUACACUAUCCAGCAUGAUCACAUCGUCCGUGCUGUUGCCUAUCCUCCCGAUAACUCGGAUCUUGUUGCCACGGGUGGCAUGGAGAAGAAGCUGCGCGUUUUUGAUCUCACGGAGUUGGCUGCGUCAGGCUCGGGAGAGCCUGUAACCAUUCCUGCAUCAUCAGGCUUUGAGAUUGCUGAGGGCAUCCACACGGGAAGCAUCAAGUUCAUCUGCUGGACAUCUGAUCCUAACAUUAUCGUCACUGCCUCAGACAAGACAUUGCGCUGGCUAGAUCUCCCUAGCCGCUCUUGCAUCCACCACGAAGUUCUCGAUGGUGAGAUUAAGUCUUGCGAGAUUGUAUCGCUCUCCCCCGACUACAGCGCACCAACUGAUAUCGGAGAGGGAAAGCCUAUCUUGGCUGUUGCUGCUGGAAAGACGGUUUACUUUUGGAGCGGUGACCGCGCCAUGACCGAAUUGAAGCGCAUCACCCUCCCCUACACGAUUGCCAGCGUUGCUCUGGACGUCAAGGGCCGCAAGUUUGUUGUGGGCGAGGAGCCAGGAACGUGGGCUAAAGUCAUUCGGUAUGAUGAUGAGGUGGAAAUCGAUAUCCACAAAGGACAUCACGGCCCCAUCUGGUCCAUCGCCUUCUCACCUGAUGGCAAGCUUUACGCUACAGGUUCUGAAGACGGAACGAUCAAGUUGUGGAAGAACUGCGACGGAUUCUACGGCCUUUGGCGUGGAGGGACCGAGCGUGCUGCAGAAUAG